AUGAAAAUUACUAGGUUAAAACAUGUUCGACGAAUUCUGUCAUUUUAUCAUAAUUCCUUGGGUAUAAACGAACCCUAUCAAAUACUAGUGGAUGGAACUUUCUGCCAAGCUGCUUUGUCCAACAAAAUUUAUAUCAAGGAGCAACUACCAAAAUACUUGGAUGGAUCGGUCAACCUUUGUACAACUAAAUGCGUCGUUCAUGAAGGCAGAAACCUUGUUGAUACCAACUAUCCAUCACUAUUAGGAGCAGUUUUAAUUGCAAAGCGAUUUUACCAAAAGCAAUGCCACCAUAAAUCAAGUUUGCCUGCUGCAGAAUGCAUUUUGGAUCUUAUUGGAGAAAAGAAUCAAAAUCAUUACUUUGUAGCAACUCAAGACAAAGAUUUACGGGCAGCGUUGCGAAAAAUUGGUUGUGUACCAAUAUUGUAUAUCAAUUAUAAUGCAAUUAUACUUGAAAAGCCAUCAAUGAAGACAAAAACAACUGCAGAGAACAUUACUCAUGAUAAACUUCAGCCAUCACAGUACCAGAAAGAAGUUUUAAACCUAAUGAAAAAGGCUUAUCUUCCUGAAUCACAAACAAAGUUUAUAAAGCGCAAAAAGCGUAAACGACCAGCUGAACCAAAUCCUCUGUCCUGUAAGAAAAAGAAAAAACAAAUUGUGACUGCAGGAGAAGAAACGGUAAUAAAUGUUAAUUUAAAUAAUUUAUGA